GGUUCCCAUCCCCUGCCGCGGGCAGGGCUGCCCAGCGCUCAGCCAGGCACCCACCGGGGAUAGGGCAGCAGCACAGUGCAGGAAGGCUGCACGGAGGUCCCCCCGGAGCCCACUGUUCCCCAGGCCGAGCACUCCCAGCUCUCAGCCCGUCCCUGUAGCAGAGCUGCUCCGACCCCCGAGCAUCCCCGCGGGCUCCUCCGGACCCUUCCAGCCUUCUGGAUGCAGGACGCUAGAGGGGACCUCCGGAGGGCAGAGCAGAGGCACGGCCCCCCUCCCGGCGUCCCUCCUCCCCCCCCCAACGUCGGUGCAGCUGGGAGCGAUCCCAGCGCCGCUCAGCUCUCGGCGCGGUACUCACUGCACAGCAGCCCUGCCCACCACAGCCACUCCCGCAGGUGAAGGGGAAAAAAAAAGGAUGAGUAAGAGCAAGGACGACGCUCCGCAUGAGCUGGAGAGCCAAUUCGUGCUGCGGCUGCCGCCGGAAUAUGCCUCCACUGUGAGGAGAGCAGUUCAGUCCGGGAGCGUCAACCUGAAGGACAGACUCACCAUUGAGCUGCACGCCGAUGGGCGCCAUGGGAUCGUUCGUGUGGAUCGAGUGCCUCUGGCAGCCAAGCUGGUGGACCUGCCCUGCAUCAUCGAGAGCUUAAAGACCAUCGAUAAGAAAACCUUCUAUAAGACAGCAGAUAUCUGCCAGAUGCUUGUUUGCACUGUGGAUGGCGAUCUGUACCCUCCUUUGGAAGAGCAGACUGUGAGUACUGACCCCAAGGCAAACAAGAAGAAGGACAAGGACAGAGAGAAGAAAUUCAUCUGGAACCAUGGCAUUACUCUUCCCCUGAAAAACGUACGGAAGAGACGAUUCCGGAAGACAGCUAAGAAGAAGUACAUUGAAUCUCCUGAUGUGGAGAAGGAGGUGAAGCGUCUCCUGAGCACCGAUGCUGAAGCUGUCAGUGUCCGCUGGGAAGUCAUUGCCGAAGAUGAAACAAAAGAAGUGGACAACCAUGGUUCACUCACGAGCCUGGACAUUUCUUCCCCAGGGAUGUCGGGACAUAAACAAGGCCACGGCUCCUCAGAGCACGAUGAACUGCGGGAGAUAUUUAAUGACAUCAGCAGCAGCAGCGAGGAUGAAGAUGAGAGGGAUCAUCACGAUGAUGAAGACCUGAACAUUAUGGACACCGAGGAGGACUUGGAGAGGCAGCUGCAGGACAAACCAAAUGAAUCCGAUGGGCAGCAGCAGGAGAAUGAGGGGUCCAACCAGAUAGUCAUGGGCAUCCAGAAACAGAUCGACAACCUGAAGAGUAAACUUCAGGAGACCCAGGACAGGAGGAAGCGCCAGGAGGAUCUCAUCAUGAAAGUAGAGAACCUAGCCCUCAAGACCCGUCUCCAAGCUGUGCUGGAUGAAUUCAAACAGCAGGAAGAGCGAGAGAAGCAGCAGAUGACAUCUCUGCAGGAGCAGCUGGAGUCCCUCAUGGAGAAGUGAAGCAUGGGCCUGACCAGAGCAGCAGGGCACGUAGAGGCAGGUGGAGCUGGAAGUGCUCAAUCCCAUGCUGAAGUCUUGCUGCAGUCACUGCUGCUGCUUUAGGGCAGUGCAAGAGGUUCUGUGUCCAGCACUGCUCCUAUGGGCCUUGUGCUGAGCUUGGCUGUAGAGUUAGGCCUGUGGGAGCAGCCAAAUGCUGGGACUUGCUGUAAAUAUUCAAGAGGGGUCUGGUUCUGCCUGGGUCAGUGUGGUGCAGCUCUGUGCACCUCACUGAGUCUUGAAUGUGGUGGGCUGUACCCUGGUGGGAGCUUGUCAGGGUAUUUGGGAAAUGCUUGUCUGCAAACCAGACUCAAUAAAGGACCGUUUCCUAC